GUCCCCCAGUACGGGAUGUGGGUGGGGGGAGGGCUAGGGUGAACUUCCCAAUCAAACCAAAAAAAAUUCCACUUGCUUGCUAGAGUUCGUUAUUCUUCCACCACCUUCACCACCAACCUCCCCUUCAUGGAUGUCGUCUGGUACAUUUUCACAAUGUCAGGGAUCUUGUCAAAUGACACGGCGGUCACAUGAGAACGCACUCCCGCACUCUCGACCAGAUCAAUCAUCCUUUGCGUCGAUGCCUUGCUCACGACAUAACUGCCCCGAACCGUUAGCUCCCGGAAGACCAAUGCGCUCGAGUCGAACCUCCAAUCCUCUGGAGGCAGGCCAAGCACACCCAGAAAGCCGCCGAUCCUCAGCAUUUUGAGCGCCCACGAGUUUGCAGCCAAAGAAUCGGUGCACACAAUUGCCGCAGCCAAUCCCUCACCGUUGGUCAAUUGGAGGAUUUGCGCCUCGGCCUCUUCAGGCAUGGACGAAUCCACCACGAGAAACGGCUUCAGAGUAUCCCGUACCUCCAUUGCAAGCUGCCGUCCCGUAGCCCUGCUGUCCACAGCGACGACUCGAAACCCCUUGGCGGCCGCGAACUGAACACCUAGGUGCCCGAGCCCUCCGAUGCCCACGAUACCCACAACGUCACCUCUGGUCAGAUGGCUCGUCACCUUCUCCAGUGACCCCCACACCGUUGCACCCGCGCACAUCAGCGGCGCCGCUUGCUCGAGCGACAGUGCAUCGGGUAGCUUGACGGUGGUGGCCGGGUCGGCAACCAUGUAUUCUGCAAAGGCGCCGUCGUGCUGGAAGCCUGCAGUCUCGCGCCUGUCGCAAAACCUAGGGUCCAGUCCUCCCUGGUCUGGUUCUUGCAGUGUUCGUUUUGAGAGCCCACAGCCUCUGCAAGUGCCGCAAGCGUUUUUGAAGUUGAGAACGCCCACCCUGUCCCCAACCUGCCAGCUUCCCAAGGCUCGAUCCCCGACUUGCACGAUUACUCCGGCUGGUUCGUGCGAAGGAAUCAUACCCAGAGGAGAUUUGAAUUGGCCAUGUAGUACCUGCAGGUCCGAGUGGCAGAAGCCUGCUGCGUGAAUACGGACGAGAAGCUCAUGCGGUCUGAUGGUUGGGACGGGCUUUGAGGUGAUGCAGUAUGGCUUGCCGUACUGUUGAUUUGUGACGCGAGUGCGUUCGAUUCAUUAGCACCUUGAAUGUUUCGAGUUCCAAGCUAUCAGAUGGUGUACUGUGUGAAUUUUAAAGCGUAUUACCUCGGAGAUUUGUGCUGCUUUCAUGUUAUGUGGUACAUCUUUAGGUGCCAUCAUGACAGGCUUAGGCUGGGUGGGUUUGCACAAGUUUGCGUCUUCGAAUUCGUACUGCGAAUCGUCUUUGUCUGCACCCUAACUAAAUUUUUAAACGCCUUGAUAUCCAGUCAUAUCUAUAUCGGGGAAGUUCACUUUCUAUUGCCCAAGUCAGUUUGACGUGCCUUAUGAUCGAGCCGUUAUUCCAGUUGAUAACCACCUAUUUCUGUCGGAGACCUCUAUCUGCUCUUGAGGUGUGUUCCCCGCUCGCCGAGCCAAGCGUCACAAUUCGAACCCCGAAGACUCCAAUUGUUCGGGAAACACCCCAUCACGUUGGCUCGGGCAGGGGAAUGCUGCACGCUAACAGCCAUUGUACCAGCCAGAGCUAUGUCGGGCGAUUUUUUCUCCAUGAUCCGACUUUCCACUAUUUCCCCCUAAAUAUAUCUAAAGUAUCAGAACUCGCAGAGAACAGUUACCCUGAAGUUUGAGGGUUGUCCGAUCGAUCGGCAGAGCUUUGAAGUUAAACAGGAACCCUGCCAGAGAAGUAAGAAGAGCUCCACCUGAAGCGAAACACCGCAGUACUCUGCUUCUCAUAAUAUUGCGGGGUAAUUGAUAUUCCUCUCCAACAUCUUGACUCCAAGCAAGACGAAGUAAACCUACCUACCUACCUACCUACUAUCUCCCUCCCAACUACCUACGUAAUCUGUAAUCGCAGCAAACCCCACCUUAGACACCGUCAAAGGGUCUUAUCUUUUAACCAUGUUCUGAAGUAACAUGGUACCACCCCACAAAUAUACGAUCGCCGGCUUGUGCAAUCAUUCAAGCCUCCAGCCACAGUUCGGCCCUACAUACACUGAUUUGAACACUUGUCUGAAUACGCCAAUAUUGCAAACAUAUCCAUACUCAAAGCCAUCAUAACAGCAUCUCAUACCAAAAUGGGCAAGAAGCGGGUUCUUGUGAGUUAUGGCGUCGACGUCGAUGCGGUUGCGGGCUGGUUGGGUUCGUAUGGCGGCGAGGACUCGUCCAACGAUAUUAGCAGAGGUUACUUCGCCGGUACCAUCGGCACACAGCGUGUCCUGAAGUUUUUGGCCAAGUACGACAUCAAGGCGACGUGGUUCAUACCCGGCCACAGCCUCGAAACCUUUCCGGAGGACAUGGCGGCAGUGCGUGAUGCAGGCCACGAGAUUGGCCUGCACGGCUACUCACACGAGAACCCGACCGACAUGAGCAUCGACCAGCAGCGCGAAGUGCUCGACAGGACGUACCGCAUGCUGACCGAGUUCAACCAUGGUAAGCCGCCGCGCGGCAGCGUCGCACCAUGGUGGGAGACGAGCAAGGAGGGAGCGCAGCUCCUGCUCGACUAUGGAAUCGAGUACGACCACAGCAUGAGCCACCAUGACUGCCAGGCAUACUACCUCCGGACGGGUGACGAUUGGACCAAAAUCGACUACAAGGCCAGGGCAAAGGACUGGAUGAAGCCGCUGGUCAAGGGCCAGGAGACGGGCCUGGUCGAGAUACCCGCAAACUGGUACCUUGACGACCUCCCUCCCAUGAUGUUCAUCAAGGCGGCUCCCAACAGUCACGGGUUCGUCAAUGCGCGCGACGUCGAGGCGAUAUGGAAGGACCACUUUGACUACUUUUACCGGGAGCACGACGAGUUCAUAUUCCCCAUCACCAUUCACCCGGACGUCUCGGGCAGGCCGCACGCGAUCCUGAUGCACGAGAGGCUGAUUGAGCACAUGAAGAGCCACGAGGGCGUCGAGUUUGUCACGAUGGAGCAGAUAUGCGACGAAUUCAAGAGCAAGAACGCGCCGCCGGCCGGGGCGGUCAUGCCGGCGCCACCCGGCGAGAUGUUGAAGAAGCCUCCGGUUUGGCAGUGAUUAUUGAAGUAGUCUACCCAUCUUGAUAACAAUCAAAAAUGCCAUGCUCUCAAGAUACACUGGUUCUCUUGGUUUGCACGCUCCAUCUAAAAUUGAUAAGAUGAGC